AUGUCAAUUACAUGAAUUAUUCAGCAAAAUCUUCUUAAAAAAAACAUUGGGGCAGAAAAGUAAUCCCAAAAGUGAAAAUAACCUUAGAAGAGAACUGAAAAAUGUCAAUUGAUCCACAAACGAUUAAAAACUCAACAAACCAAGCUGAAAACUGCGAAGAGAACGAAUUCCUAGCUAAAUUUGGACUGCUGGCAACAACGAAGAUGACUGAGAUACGCCAACAUCAGCUGAAAAAACAAAAAAAAAUGGAGCCUGACUCUGGAGAUGAUGAGUUAUUUGUGAAGGGUCCUGAUUUUGGCAAGCUGAAGAGGAUUGUAAAGGAACCAGUAAAUCAGCGGAAGACAAAAAAGAAAUUUUCGCGUAAAAACAAUGUGGCUUCUUCGGACGAUAGCGAAGAAGACGAAGAGAUGGAGCAGACCAUUAAUUUUAAAACUUACUCCAUGCCCGGCAAAAGGCUGUACAACUUUCUGAGCCAACUGAGCUCUCAUCGCUGGAUUUGGUGUGAGUUCGUGGAAUCCUUUCUGGACAAACCCAUUCUGGCUGGAGCCUACGACAUAGAGCGCUUCAUAAGUGAGUGCUGUCCGCUGUUGGGAACCCGUUUUCUGCCCCGCAGAGGAUGGCAGUUACUACGCCGCAAUAUGGGAAAAGCCCGGCGAUUUUCCACUGCUUUCAUUGAACAAGAGCGUUCUGAAUUGGAGCGUACUCGACGAAUUGUACGGGAAUUGCAGCAGUAUCGCUUUAAUUCCGAGGAGGAUGGUCUCUACUUGGACCAGAUACCCAAACGAAUUCCUCUGCCACUGGCCACCGAUGCCAAGGUCACCAGUUUGCUGUUAGGAGACUUCCACAAGGGCAUCAUCGACGGCUGUGUCAUGGACUACGAUCCGCAGGGCUCCACCUACAUCGUUCGCUUCAUCAAGGAAGGCAAAUCGGCAGCUUUCAGUAUCCAGGACUCGCGACUCUAUUCCGAGCAGGAUUCCACGGCCCUGCCAUUAUCCAUUAUGAUGAACGGCACCAAAUCUGAUGCGGUUCAAAAGGAUUUUGACAAAACUGCAAAAAGUGAGAUGUUCGGUAACAAGCGAUAUAGCAGAGAGCUAUUGGAAUCCGUGCUGCAGGUCAAGAAAUUGAUGGAUGCCAAGGAGAAAACAGUGAUUGAUAUAGCCCAAAUGAAUGAGGACUUCGACGGAAAUUCUUCGGGCAAUCGUCGUGAUGCCAAGAUGACUUCACAGAGGGAGAAACUCCACCGUCGCUAUGCAGCCAAUAUGAUAACCCUGCAUCGUGUGAACUCCGAUGUCCUGGAACCGUUGCACAUCCUUCACGACCACUUGGCCGAGUAUCAAAAACAGGAGGAGGAACAGGAGGUCAAUGGCGGUCGUCCUGCCAGCGAGGUUUACCAAAAGUGUCGCCUGCAGGCGGAAAUGGAUCUCAAAUUGGCCGCAAGUGAGAAAUCCCUUAAAAUUGAAUCGGAUCGCACCAGGGAGUUCAUUUGUAAUCUUCAUACCAUACUAUAUCUCAAUGGGAGAUUGGGUCGCGAGAAUAGCUCCGAUAUGGAAGUGGUCCUGGCCGACCUGAAGUCCCACAUGGUGGCAAAUAUGCCACCAUUUCUGGCACAACAAUUCCAGGAUGCCUUGGAUUCUCUGGAUCCCCUGCGUCAGGAAGUGGUGACCAUUUUCAAGGCCCUCAAAAAACCAGAGCGCUUUCAAAUCACCCAACAGGCUCCACUGCAAGCAGAGAAUGGUAUUUACAAUUUUGUGGUCGAGGCCCAGCCGGAUCCUCAUUGUUAAACAAAACAAACCCAAGAUACCUGAAGUAAAGCUUCGCUUUUAUUUAUGACUCUAUUAGUUGGAGUGUCAUGUGCAUGGGGAGUUUGUCGGCAAAGUAGCUUAACGAAGUUUUCUCCUCGCCCCACAAAGUUGCAACAAUGUGUAGCAUGUAAUAUUUUCGCAUUUAUAUCGAUGGAAGGGCACGUCUUACUCCAAUUUCUCUAGGAAGUCCUUCUUAAACUACUUACAACUUUCCAUCGGCACGUCGCUGAUGAAGUCAGGCGUAAAACAGUUGACAAAUUGGCAAGCAAAUAAGU